CCGGUGGUACAAAAGCACGAGAUCGAUCGAAGCUACACGAAGGAUGGCGGCAGCAGACAAGGGAUGGAUGCCCCUGGACAUCGACUUUACGACGACGCAAGAUGAGCUCAAGCUCGGUAUCGCCAAGAUGCCCGCGGCGUGGACGCUCUUCCUUCUUGGCGACGGAUCGCCGACGCUCCACUUGGGUCUCUUGACAGGGUAUACGACCGAAGUCGACGUCUUGAGCUUUGACUGCAUUGGCGACUCGCUGGACCAAGCGCCCGCCGAGAUCCAGGACAUAGAAGGCCCGCGCCAUCGUCGCCAAGUCUACCUGCGCAACACAAACGGCGAGCGCCUCGGCUACGCUGCGUCGUGGUGGCACAGCAGCGAUAUCGAAGCCCUUUUUGGCACGGACAAGACGCUGCCGAUCGAAUCACGACCAAAAAGAAGGAGCUCUUCCGCGACAUCAAGCACAUCUUCCGCGGGCACUCGACCGCGCUCGAGAAGGAGUUUGGCAUGAAGGGACCGUUCUGGGGCCGCUCGUACCUCUUCUGGCAAGGCGGCCGCCCUAUCACGCUCAUUUACGAGGUGUUUUCGCCGCGCCUACAAAAGUACUUGGGCGAAAUCGAUGUGCCAGCGCGGGAGGCGGUGGCAGGCACGAGUACGAGCAGCUCGUAAUCGGAUAUUGUCAACAUCACAGCAAUUCUCAAUCAAGGCCAC